AUGUCACCAAUCAAAGAAAUUAGCUCUUCGGAGCUCACGGAACUGGACUGCCGGGGCGACGUCGUCUUCGUCGUCGGCUCGGCUACCGAGAACACCCCUGCUCGGAGGUUCCGCGUCUGUUCCCGGACCAUGGCUCGCGUGUCGCCCGUCUUCGACCGCAUGCUCCACGGCAACUUUGCCGAAUCGAAACCCACAGCCACCGACCCCGUCACGAAGGCCGCCACGAGCGACUGGGUUGUGGAGCUGCGCGACGACAAGCCGGACGCCUUCGACCUCUUUGCUAGCAUCGCACAUUCCAAGUUCCGCCGCGUGCCGAGGACUCUGUCGGUUGGUAAAUUGUACGACUUGACGGUGCUGACGCACUACUACGACGCCACCCCGGUGCUGACGCCCUGGCUGCAGAGCUGGGUGUCGGGAAUCGGGGAGACGCCUGAUGCCGGCGUCGAUGGCGUGUUGAUGCCGCAGCUGUUGUGGAUCUCGUGGGAGCUGGGGCACAAGCAGCUUUUCGAGAGCACGGCGAGGCGGAUGGUCAUGGAGGGCCGCGGGGAUAUGUUUGGGGAGGAAGCCGGUUUGGAUGGGCUGGAUAUGCCUCCGGAUAUCAUCGAGAGGAUCAGUGCCAUUCGCAUACAGACGAUCGAGCACAUUAUGGAAAUGUUCCGCGAUAUGGCGGACAAGCUGGUAAGAGUCGACGAGGGACCCCGGUGGUGCCGCCACGCCUCGUACAUGGGCCCGCACCGCUGUGAGAGCAUGAUUCUGGGGAGCAUGACGUUCUGUCUCACGCGCGCGGGGCUCUGGCCUAUCCCCGAGGCGGUGGACAUUGAGGAGAGCGUGGUGACGCUGUACUCGACCAUUAUGAACCUGGUGAUCCACGACAUCGGGAGGCCUGGGGAGAAGGGCGGUGCGGACCAUACAGAGUGUAACCCGCGCGCGUUCCUGAUGGGGCGGAUCAAGGACAUAUUGGCGGAGGUGCCGAGCCCGGUUAACGAGGGCCAUAGGAAGCAUUUGGAUAGACAAAUACAGAGGCUGCUUGUUUGA